AGAGGAAAAUUGCCUGUUAUCCCAUUCUCAUAUUCUAGUAUACUAAUGAAAAAAGUUAAUUCAAUGAAUUCAUUUUAGAUAUGCUCCCUAGUGGCUGCUCACCCGCGCCCCCACCAGUCAAUGCCACCAGUGUGCCCCCCUCACUACAGACCUCAUGACUACAGAUCCCAUGACUCCACUGCAGUAGGCUAAGGGAUGUAGCAGGCAGCUGCUGAUAUGUUGGUGUUGUCGUAGUAGCCGAAGCUUGUUUGCGAAUAUCUAACAUAUACUAACUGACUAGCUAGCUAUAUCUUAUCUAUAUUUUCUAAGGGAGUUAUCAAACCAAACUGAGAUCGAAAGUAGCUACAAUUGGUACAUUUUCGGAAUUACCAUUUCCUGUCAUUUUGAUAGGCAUUUCCUGUUGCGAAAUAGCUAGGUAGCGGUUCGUGGCAGUAAGCUAGCUGACGUUGGCUAAUUGGUAGCCUAGCUAGCUAGAUGAUAAAUUGUAGAAGACUUGGAAAUAAUCAUUCUUUGCUGGACGACAUUGAAUAUGGAAGGAUCGUGUAAUAUUGGCACGUUUUACCGGGGAUAUAUUACAACGGACAUAAUUUUUACAGGAUAACCUUAGCUACAUGAAAUGUCAUAACGUUAAGCUAGCCGCGGAGAUGGAGGGACCCACAACCCCCUGAAUAGCUGCACUGAUGGAGAAAUGUCCUCCUCCAAGAUGAGCAAGUCAAAUACUGCACAAGGUUUAGCGGAAUUAUAUUAGCGUCUAUCUUAUCUCUAUAGCUAUAUUAGUCUGUCAAGCAAAUGGGAGACUGGUUAUUCGGAGUUAGCUCAUAAUUGACAGCUAACGUUAGCUGCUGGUGAAUAAAUCACUGCAGUUUUUGGCAUCUGCAAACAACAAGACUGGCUUUGUCAGACAAACCUUAGGCCUUGUCCAGAAAACAAAGUUAAUUUGUGAAACUGACAUCGCUGGAAAUAAGGACAUUUGAGCUUUCUGCAUCGUCAUUUGAGCAUUCCGCGUCGUUUUGAUUGAAGUGAGGAUAAUAUUUCCUCAUCAUCUGACUGAUAGUUAUCAUGAGGAAGUUCUUUGAUUCAUCUCGUCGGGAGUUGGUCAGUUCAGGACCUGGUUCUGGAGGAGGUAGCAGUGGAUCCAGCCAUGUAGGUGGCAAUUUAAUUGGACGUUCAUGUACUAUAGGGCGGCACCAAGUCACUAUUGAAGAAACAGUGGCCGAAGGGGGGUUUGCCAUCGUGUUCCUGGUACGAACCAGCCAAGGACUCCGCUGUGCCCUCAAGAGGAUGUAUGUCAAUAAUGAGCACGACCUGCAGGUGUGCAAGCGAGAGAUCCAGAUCAUGAAGGACCUGGUCGGCCAUAAGAACAUCGUUGGCUAUCUGGACUCUAGUAUCACCACUUGUGGAGGAGGAGAUGUGUGGGAAGUGCUCAUCCUCAUGGACUACUGUAAAGGGGGCCAGGUGGUGAACCUGAUGAACCAGCGUCUGCAGACAGGCUUCACAGAGGCAGAGGUGCUGCAGAUCUUCUGUGACACGUGUGACGCCGUGUCUCGACUGCACCAGGGCAAGACACCCAUCAUUCACAGGGACCUCAAGGUGGAGAACAUCCUGUUACAUGAUAAAGGCCACUAUGUGCUGUGUGACUUUGGCAGUGCUACCAAUAAGUUCCAGAACCCACAGAUUGAAGGAGUGCCAAUAGUCGAUGAUGAAAUAAAAAAGUACACCACUCUGUCAUAUCGUGCCCCUGAGAUGGUAAACCUCUACAAUAGCAAGAUUAUCACUACUAAAGCUGACAUAUGGGCGAUGGGCUGUUUGCUGUAUAAGCUGUGCUACUUCACUCUACCCUUCGGGGAGAGUCAGGUGGCCAUCUGUGAUGCCAGCUUCACCAUUCCUGAUAAUUCCCGCUACUCCUACAACCUGCACUGCCUCAUCCGGUACAUGCUGGAGCCCGACCCUGACAAAAGGCCUGACAUCUACCAGGUGUCCUACUUUGCUUUUAAAUUGGCUCGUCGGGACUGCCCUGUUCAGAAUGUGAAGAACUCUCCAAUUCCUGCUCAACUCCCUGAGCCAAUCAAAGCCAGUGAGGCAGCUGCAGCGAAGAAGAGCCAGAGCCAGACACAGAGUAAGGCUAGGUUGACAGAUCCUGUCCCCACCACUGAGACCUCCAUCACGCCGCGGCAGAGGCCCAAAGCUGGCCAUGCCCAGCCCAGCGCUGGCAUCCUACCCAUUCAACCGGCUGCCCUCACCCCUCGCAAACGGGCCAAUCUCCCUGCCCUUCCUCUAGGAGUCAACUUAAACCUUGCCCAGCAAGCGGCAGCCCUCCAAUCACAGAAGGCACAGACCACAGCUCCGCCUCAGCCAGUGACCGGCCGUUCACAGAACCCUCCUAGUCAGGCCACACUUCAGCUGGGUGGAAAGCCCCAAGCUGGUGCUCAGCAGAAGCAGCUAGGGCAACUGCAGCAGCAGCCAAUCGCGGCAGCAGGAGCAGCAGUCACCGCAGCAGGGGGAGGAGUCCCACCUGUGCAGGCCAAGACGGAGGCCCCGAGCGCCCCACUACAGACCGUGCCUCCCUCGCUGGCUAGUCCCACCCCCCAGAAGGCCCAGGUCCCGUCUAGUCCAGCCCCACCCAAAGCCCCAGCACGUCGUAAGCAGGCCGGCCAGAGCCAAGCCCAGCAGCAGCCAACCAUUCAGCCCACUCCAGCCCAACCUCCGACUGCACAGCAGCCUACAGCUCAGCAGCAACCAGUUCCUCUACAACCAGUUGCCCAGCAACCAGUGGCCCAGCUAGAAGCGGCACAACAGCCACCUGUCCAGGCCCAGUCCAUCCCUGCUAAAACCAGUCAGAACACAGCUGAGACAGAAACGACUUCUCUUCCUGCUCUGUCCAAGACCCCGCCCCACUCUCCAAAGGCUGCAGAGCGCACCCCGAGUGACUUUACCCAGAAUUCGGUCGGUGGGCUACCUGGAAGUGACUCCACCCAGCCACUGCAGGAGGCCACAGCAGAAGAUGGCCUCGACCAGUUAAUAUCUGUUGGUACAAUUCCACCCAAUUCUACCCAGUCCCUUCAGCAGAGUAUGUGUGAACCUGCCCAGGAUGGCAACUUUGCUGCCUUUGCCCCUUCCCCUGCCUCUGCCCCUGGCCCUCCCAUCGGCUCCCUCAGUCAGCCCGCCUGGAACCCUUUUGGUGAUGAUGACUUCUCCAAUCUCAGUGCGGAGCAUCUGAUUAACAAAGACUUGGUUGACGAACAGGCUGAUGACGUGUCUGCAGAGGUGGAGACGGUCCCCACAGAGGACCUGAUACCUGGCCUGCUGGAGGUCUCCUCCCCUCGGGAAACAGCCCCCCAACCUGCUGAAGUAGAGCAAUCUGAAGACCUCCUUGGCCUGGAUACAGGAGAGUCUUUGUUGACUGUUCCUGUCCCGUUCAGCAUCCUAGCACUCUCAGACACUCCAGAGAAGCUUAUUGAGGGACUGAAGUCCCCAGAUACACACCUCCUGCUCCCUGACCUCCUGUCCAUGGCUGAUCCUUUUAGUGGAACUAUGGAGGAGGCUGUCAAUGUAGUGGGUCCAACAGAGGAGUUUCUGGUGAGUCUGGACUUUCUGAUCCCUGGUCUGGAAGCUCCUGUGUCCCAGUCUGAGACAGACUCUGCACUGCUUCCUGACCCCCUGCUUGUGGAAGACACUCUGCUGGGCUGCUCUCUCAUCUCUCCCCCCUCUGGAGCCUACUCUUUCUCCUCUGCUCUCGCUUCCACUGGCACUGGGUCUGUUCUGGAUGAGUUUGACCUGGUAUCUGCGGGUUGCACCCAGCUGCUGGCAGACUCCUCUGAUCUCCUGAUCUCAGGCUUUGAGCCUGCGCCAAGUGCAGAGAUGGGCAACGAGGAUGAGUUUGACCCCAUCCCUGUCACGGGCUCCAAAAACUCCUCUCAAGUUUCAGGAGGCCACUCUCGCAGUAACAGUGGCAGCUCUGAGUCCAGCCUGCCCAGCCUGGCCCGCUCCCUGCUCAUGGUGGACCAGCUCAUCGACCUGUAGAGGGCGCUGGGGAGCCGGGACACUAAAUAGAGAGAGAGUGGGGGGGGUGGAGGGAUGAGGUAGAAGUAGUGACGCUCGAGAGGAGAGUAGACCCCAACAUUAAUCGUUACACCCCCGUUCCACUAUUCGUUCCCGUGACUAACGCUUGUUCCAUGUGAACUCCACCUGUGAUUCCAAACACACUGGGCCAUUGUCCUGUUCGUGUUUGUCCCAUACCUCUGGUAUUUAUUCCCAUCAUGCCUCUUGUAUUUAUUCCCAUCAUGCCUCUGGUAUUUAUUCCCAUCAUGCCUCUGGUAUUGAUUCCCGUCAUGCCUCUGGUAUUGAUUCCCGUCAUGCCUCUGGUAUUGAUUCCCGUCAUGCCUCUGGUAUUGAUUCCCGUCAUGCCUCUGGUAUUGAUUCCCAUCAUGCCCACCACUUUUCUUCUUCUGCCCUCUCAUUUCAUGCUUUCACAGCAUUUAUAUUUUCUUGCCCUUCUGGGGUCAUCAUGGCAAACAAGGUCACGGCAUGCUGCUUCUACCUUUUGCGUUCAUGACACACUAACUUCAUUCGAGUUCUUCUUUCUGUAGAAUGUUUCACCAUGUUUUAUUCCCGUCUCUGGUAUGUCUAGGAUCAGUGUCCAGUCACACGGCAUUGUGUCCUAUAGGGAACCAGAGAACUCCACUCUUGUAGUUGUUGGCUAGUUGUUAUGGUGCACAAGUAGAUGUCUCCUUUCUCCACUGUUAUAUUUCACUUGGAUUAUUAUUUGUUUGCGCACAUUUGGUAACACCAAUAUCACACCAUUUGAUUUAUUGUAUAUUGUAGACAAACAAAAAAAAUCAAGGGUAUAUCUGCCAAUUUAAUUAUCUACCUUUCAGUGGCCGUGUUUUCAGGGCUUGUGUUUUAGCACUUAGCAUGAGGUAUCAUAGCCUGCAGGUGGAAUGGAUGGGAUGUCAGAUCCACCAGCUGUUCCAGAGGUUGAGCCUUCCUUAUCUGUGGAAAUUAGCGAAUAAGUUCUUCAAAAAGCGAAUAUGUUCGCACCAACAUAAGGCUUUAACCCUACAAUAACAGAAAUGUGGAGUUAACAUUCCCAAAGGAAGAAGCUAAGAUGUGAAAACACAAGCUUGGCUAGGGAGUCGGCUGCACGUUGACAACGUUGAUGCUUUUCGAAAGCAUUUAUUUGCUCCUUUUUCUUUUCUUGACCUCUUUAGUCUGACUACAUGUAUACAGACAGUCCAUAUCAUCCCUUUCAUUUCAGGCUGUAUGUGCCCACGCAAUCAUUCCCUUCACAUGUGCAUUCCCACAAAACGUCCAUUCCUACAUGUACAUAGGUCCUAUAUCAUAGUCAUUUUCCGGCUCUACAUACUGUAAAUGUAUGUUUACCUGCAAUACCCACGGACUCUGAUCCAGUGGUCUUUACGUUUUGGUUCCUCAAAAAGUAAUUGGUCAAAUGUGCUCUGUUCCUCAUCUGUCAUCAUAGCGUUACAUUGUGAAGAAAAAAAAUAUAUAGAGAAAAAUUAAUUUCAUAUGUAACUAAUAUUAAAUGUGAGUAUGAAUAGUGUUAGAGAAUGAAUGUAUGAACUGAAUAUUAGUCUAUAAAUAAAGAUGGAUAAUAUAUAUAAAUAUAAUUCUUAAGAUGACUAUUCUAGAAGAAAUACAUGAUAUGUUUUUCCUGUUUGUGCAGCUGUGUUUGAGAAUGUGUUUCCCACCAUAUUUCUCCCCGGAUUACUAUUGUGACAUUAGUAUAAACAUACAGUUAUGACAAUCUUAGCUUUGAUCUGUUGAGGGUUGGGUAGGAUUUCUCCAAGUAGCAUCUGUUUACUUGCCUUCACCUAAGGAGGAUUGUAUUAUAAACAAACUAGUUUGUUGUGCAAUGGGACCACUACACAGGGAACUUUACCAUGUCUUAUACUGUACCAUACUUACUCACGCUGUACAAAGGCAGAACUACAGUCUUCACUGAAAUAGUGCCGUGACUCCAUGCUUUCUCCGCACAGAUUUUACAUGAUCAAAAAGAUGCAUAUCGAAGCAUGACCGUGUUGUUGAAUGUUCUGGUUUGUUGGUAGACAGUGUUGUCAUUGGUGUGUGUGUAUGUGGGUGUAUGUGUGGACAUACAGUAAUGUAACUCCUAGCCAGUCUGAGUUGUUGGAUGUGAUGCGGUUGUGGUGUUGUUUGAACUCGCUGCAAAAACAGUGACAUCGACAGUGGUGUUGGUGUUCGUCAUAUUGAAAAGCACAGGCCGUCUUGAAUUGCGCCGAGUCACUCUGUUGCCUAUAGAGGAAGCAAGCCACUGUAUCUGAGAGUAGAGCAUCUGUCUUUUUGAGUGGACCACUGGAGUCAGUGAUCUGAUUUGAAUAUGGUGAACGGAAAGAAAUAAUGACUCGUCAUAUCAUGUUGUCACUACUGUAAAGUGUGUAAUGAAGUGGUUGUGUAUCAGACAGAGGGGCAAGCACUACACAGGACUCCACGACCACCACAUACUGAUAGGACUGCUUGCUAUGCUGUUGGGCAUUUAAGGAAUUACAGAUAAUUGCUCUACUGCAGUAUUCGAAAACAAGGCAUGCCAAGCGACAACACUUAUUGACAGUAUUCUGAAAUCCAAUGUUGUGUCCCAUCUAUCUCAGGCUUUUGUAGACAUGUGCAACCAAUGGAAGGCUGAAGUUCACAUCUUAGCCCCCCUCACACCAUCUGCAGAUAGAUAGAUAGAUAGAUACUCAUGUGGCUAUUGACCUAUGCAAUCCUUGCUUCUUCCUGUAGACACCACUGUGCUGUUGUAAAGGUCUUGCCCUCCAGGUAGUUACAUUUGUUGUUGUGAAAAACAGAGAACCUUCAUGUUACCCUGUUGUUUUUGCAAAAAGUGAAAAAGCUGUUGUUCUGGAUCCCUGUCCGUUUCUAUGACACCCAAUCAUGCGUCAGAGCUGUGAUUUCUGUGUGCACAAAUCUAUUUUUGUGAGAUAACUAAAGAAUUACAAAGAGAGGGAUGUCGAAUAAACAUAUUCAUGUGAAUGUA